CUGCAAGUUAAGCUAUCGUCCUUGCAAAAAGUAGAGGCUCCAAGGUUCAAGCUUUUCUAUCCGCGUGCUGCUGUGCCACAUCUAGUAAAUAUAUCUUACCAAGACCCACAGCGUUGACGAACGGGCGGACAAAGAGAAUAAUGUAAUACUGUAGGAUCGAGUAGGGAUGCCGAUAAGAGGGAACUGAAGACUACGGACUAACGCAGGGGUAGGAAAGCUAGAUUAUCAGUGAUCCUACUACGUCUUAUUCAUUUUUAUUCCCGUUAUGCUCUUUUCAUCUUUACUCUUCUUCUUUCUCUUUUUCUUCACAUCAGCUCGAGUAAUAUGUAUAUAGCAGCAUACGCCGCGCCGCUUACACUCUCGCUUAUAGUACGGUCAUGUUGAGUCUUGACACUUAAAUACUUAUACAACGCCUCAUACGGUUACCUUCGGUAAUAUACGAAGUAACUGGCUUACAUGAUCUUAUUUAUAACUCAGCUUGGUUAAUCAAAUAGAAAAAGAAUAAGAGAAAAAAAUAAGAAGCGAUACGAAUGAUACGAAAAGUAUUACGACAUCAGCAACAACGACAACAACAAUGGACGAGAUUAAACAACAGCAACCUCGGCGGCGCAGCAGCGCGAAUCACAGCAUCGUCCUUCAAGAUGAUGCUGCUGCGCUGGCGCACUUAGGACACAAGCAGGAACUCAAGCGUAACUUCUCUAUGAUCUCAAUGUUGGGACUAGCUUUUGCUAUCCUUAACACCUGGACCGCCCUCGCCGCCUCCAUCACCCUAGCCUUACCAUCCGGCGGCCCUAGCGCCGUAGUUUGGGGUCUUCUCGUUGCCGGCGUGUGCAACUUAUGCCUUGCCGCCUCCCUCGCCGAGUUUCUCUCCGCGUGGCCGACCGCCGGAGGGCAAUAUCACUGGGCGGCCAUUAUUGCGUGGAAGAACUGGAGCCGCAGCAUUAGCUAUGCGACGGGCUGGAUCAACGUCAGCGGCUGGGUUGCGCUGACGGCUACGGGAGGCUUGCUCGGCAGUACGUUUAUAAUAAAUAUCAUUGCGCUGCUGCACCCAAACUAUCAGGCUGAGUCCUGGCAUCAGUUUCUGAUUUAUAUCGGCUUCACGCUGAUUGCGCUCUUCAUCAAUGCCUUCUCGACGCGUCUGCUACCGCUGUUCACCAAGGCUGCCUUCUUCUGGAGUUUGACGGGGUUUGUGGUGAUCAGUAUCACGAUCUUAGCUUGCGCGUCCCCUGAAUACCAGAGCGGUAAGUUCGUGUACGGCGACUUCAUCAAUGAGGUGGGCUGGCCCGAUGGUAUGGCCUGGUUGUUGGGACUGCUGCAGGGUGCCUUCGCACUCACGGGAUUUGAUGCCGUGGCUCAUAUGAUCGAAGAAAUUCCGCAGCCCCAAGUAAGGGGUCCGCGCAUCAUGCUGGCUUGUAUUGGCAUUGGCAUGGUAACCGGCUUCAUAUUCCUGAGCUGCCUGCUCUUCUGCGUAAACGAUAUCGAGGCGGUGAUCGAGUCAAGUGCGGGACCGUUGCUCCAGAUAUUCAUGGACGCGACACGCAGCCCGGCAGGCAGCGUAUGCCUACUAAUGUUCCCGCUUGUGUGUAUGUUGUUCACGACCACGACGCUGAUGACGACAAGCAGCCGCAUGUCAUACGCAUUCGCGAGAGAUCGCGGACUCCCGUUCAGCAGAAUCUUGGCGCAAGUGCAUCCACGUCUAGAUGUUCCGCUGAACGCGCUACUGUGGACUGCCGCUUGGGUGGUGGUAUUCGGUUGUAUCUUCCUCGGGUCUACCAGCACGUUUAACGCUAUUACAUCGGCCUCUGUUGUCGCUCUCGGCGUUACGUAUGCCAUCCCGCCCUCUAUCAAUGUACUCCGCGGGCGAAGAAUGCUACCAGAAAAUCGAGCGUUCAAGCUGUCGGGAGCAGUGGGCUGGAUUUUGAAUCUGAUCGGCAUAGGCUGGACGAUCCUGACGACAGUACUAUUCGUCUUCCCACCCGAGAUACCCGUCACGAGCGAAAACAUGAACUACUGUAUCGUGGCGUUUGGUGUGAUCUUGUUGAUCGCCGGAGUCACAUGGAUAUUUGAUGGGCGCAAGAACUAUACAGGGCCGCAUGUGGACGUAGAAGGACUGGAGGGCAAGGUUGAGGGCGUAGAAGCCGUGCCGGAGCCAAGUGAUGGUAGCGAUAAGACCAAGGGUGUAGCCUAGAGAGCCGAGAGAACUAAAGUACAGUGUUGGAAUGAAGUUCUUUAAAGAAAGGCUUUAUGGGCUUAGAUAAAAGUAGAGUAGACAUGGCAUAUGAUAUACCCGGCAGGUUAAUCUGUAUUAAGGAAUUAUAUGAAUUAUAUAAAACA